AAGUGUUCACGUGCAGUCCGUCACUUCCUCACGUGAUACGAAUGUAGGGAAAUAGGGAAUUAUAUUGUAGUUUAUCCUAAAGAUUAAAGUAUCGAGUUUAGAAUUUUAUUACGGAAAAUUAUGUUUUAAUAUUAUAGAUGGCAUGUCGCAUUACGAUACGGUAAUUCAUCUUGUUGCCGGAGGUUUGGGAGGAACUGCAGGUGCUAUUGCUACUUGUCCCUUAGAAGUUGUGAAAACCAGGCUGCAAUCAUCUGUUGCAAAUUUUAAUUUUUCUCAAACAUCAUUAUCUCAUCAGAAAUACCAAUUUUGUGCUUGUGCUCCAAGAGAUUUUCAUUGUUCUGAAAGAAUUGUGCCAUUAACAUCAGAAAAAAGAUCAUUUGGAAUUUGGAGAUGUCUUAGGCACAUUGUAGAAACUGAAGGCACAAGAGCACUUUUCAAAGGUCUUGGUCCUAAUUUAGUUGGUGUUGCCCCAUCCAGGGCCAUUUAUUUCUGCACUUAUUCUCAAACAAAGAACUUCUGUAAUUCCAAGUUCACACCAGAUACUCCUUUAGUACAUCUCUGUUCAGCAGCAUGUGCUGGUUUUACAUCAUGUACUUUAACUAGUCCUAUAUGGUUCAUAAAAACAAGAUUGCAGUUAGACCAAAGAGAAUAUGGUCGAACUAGUACACUUCAGUGUAUUCGAGACGUUUAUAAAUCCAAAGGAAUUAGGGGAUUUUACAAAGGAAUUACUGCAUCUUAUUUUGGUAUCUCUGAAACAAUGAUACAUUUUGUGAUAUACGAGUUUUUAAAAGCAAAAUUAAGGAAGUGUCGAGAAGAUAUCAAUUAUUGUCACAAAGAUAAAUCUACAAGAGAUUUUAUGGAAUUUAUGUUGGCAGGUGCAACAUCUAAAACUUGUGCUUCAAUCCUAGCUUAUCCACAUGAGGUAGUUAGAACAAGAUUAAGGCAAGAAGGAACUAAAUAUAUUUCCUUUUUUCAAACAUUAUUUCUGGUUUUUAAAGAGGAAGGAUACCAAGGCCUGUACAGAGGAUUGGGAACACAGUUAGUACGUCAGAUUCCAAAUACUGCAAUCAUGAUGACUGUCUAUGAAGCAGUUGUCUAUCUACUCGCUAAUUACCCCUAUCAAGUUCCUACCAUUCAGAUCUGCGAAGAGGAAGAGGAACAAUAUUAAAAACUGGCAGCUAUUUAGAUAUUUUCAGAAUGUAAUUAUGUAUAAAAAUUAAAUGCUCAUUGUAUAUAUAAGGAAAUGUACAGUUCUUACUACAUUUUUGUAAAUGUCAUUCAAUUUGUUUGCCAGUUUUUGAUGCAAACUGGCCUUUAGUUUUUUUGUAGUUCUUAAAGUUUUAGUCAAUCUCACUUGUUAAAAUUGUGCAUUCCAUCUAGUCACCAUUAUUUACUCUGUAUUAAUUCACAAAAUUUAUUCUUAUUUCUAAGCUUUUCAUUACCCAUUACACAGCUAUUUUGUAAAUUGU